CGGCGGGAUGCACUCCUAUUUCCGCCCUACUUGAUGGACAUUCGGCGAUCGCCUUAGCACAUGCCAGCCGCCGACUUCCUACUGCGCCUCCCGCGGCUCACAUGCCUGCUGCUUCUGCUGCUAGCUGUGCACGCGCUCGGCAGCGCUAAUGGUAGCGGGUCCGAGGAGGCCCUGUCGAUGGCCCCGACGACGAGCCCGCCCAAUGCGACCCACAUCGACAAUUGCCACCAAAUCGUGGGCGCUGCCAUCAACAUGAGCUGCAGCGCCGACUCGAUCUUCCAGUUGGGCACGCUCGCGAUGAACGAGUCGUCGCUCGACGCCUUUUGCAGCGACCCGAGCUGCGGCAAGAAGCUCACGGCCCUCAUCGCCGCGCGCGACCAAUGCAACGACAUCGAGCUCUCCGUCUUCUUUGAGCUCGCCGACAUGGACGGGUGGCCGCAGUUCCAGAACAUUUGCGCGCCCACGUGCCGGCCGCAGUACAUUGAGUUUGCCAACCAGUGGUACAACUGCCAAUCCUUGGACGAGAAGGCGCCGCCCGACGCCCCGCCGGUGCGCGUCGCCUGCACGGGCUGUCACAAGGUCAACGAAUCCAUCAGCGACGUCUCGUUCGUCGCGACGUGCGGCGGCCUCGUCGACUUUAUCCGUCGCAUGCUCGCCGAGCGCCAGCUCUCGAGCCAAAAUGCGCCGUUCGACAUGAACCAUUUGAUUGGGACGUGUGCCAAGUACGCCAACAUCUCGAUGGUACCCCCGCGCAUGGUGGACGCCCCCCACAAACCCGGGAGUCCGUUCCUGCUGAUUGUGAUUGUGCUUGGUGGCCUCGGCGCGAUGGGGCUUGUCGUCGGCUGCUUUCGGCGCUGGCGCCGCGAAGACGUGCCCGCCGAGAUCGACCAAAACCGGCUCUUGUCGCGGUCGUCGGGCGGGCGGUCGACGACGCGCACUGGCAGUGCACCGACGACCGAAGGCCGGGCGUCUGGCGACAUCUUGCGUCCAGCGGACGUAACGAUUCUCGACCGGCUGCGCGUCGACGAUGCCAGCGUCGUUCGGACGCGGCUCCUCGCCAAAGGCGCACACGGCGAAGUCUACCUUGGCAAGUACAAUGGCGAGCGCGUCGCGAUCAAGUGCCUUCUUCCGGGCCGGACGAGCCAGCACGAGGCGCAAGCCAUGGUCGACGAGAUCAAAAUGCUCUCCCGACUCGACAGCCCGUUCGUUGUCGCGUUCUAUGGCGUGUGCUUUCUUCGAAAUGCGCCCCUCGCGCGGCUCUCGUUCCUGGUCGAGUUUAUGGACCGCGGUGACCUCCGCGACCUCUUGGUGCUUUCGGCGGCCGAUCCCGCGGCGCUCUUUCCAUGGCUCGAGAAGCUCCAGUGCGCGUGGAGCGUCGCCCAAGGCCUCGUGUACCUUCAUGAAAGUUCGGUCAUCCACCGCGACCUCAAAUCCCGCAACGUUCUCCUCGACUCGGUCAAGGGCACCAAGCUCACGGACUUUGGCGUCUCGCGCCAUACGUCCAAGACGCUCACGAUGACGGCUGGCGUCGGCACGUACCGCUGGAUGGCGCCGGAGCUCUUGAGCGAGAACCAGUACACGGUCGCCGCCGACGUCUUCUCGUUCGGCAUGGUGCUCUCGGAGCUCCUGACGCACCGCAUUCCGUACUCGGACCUAAUGUCGAAGAACGGCCUGCCGCUUGUAGACACGGCAAUCAUCAAUAUGGUCAUCAACGGCGCGAUCACACCGACGCUGCCCGACGACUGCCCGUCCUGGGCACGCGACCUCACGCUGGCGUGUAUCGCUGCCGACGCCAACGCCCGACCAAGUGCGAGGCAAGUCGCCGCGAUCCUGCACCAACAGCUCGUGCUCGCGGUCCCAUAACUUAACCUAUUUAUCGUCUCAUGGUUAUUAGUCUCC